AUGGGUUCUUGUUUCAGCAAGAAGAAAGGCUCAUCUCCUCCUGCUGCUGAUUAUACGACCAUUUCUUCAACACCUCCACCAUCGGUGGCUGAUCCCAAAUUAAAGCCGUCCGUGUUCGUUCCAGCAAAACAAGAGCAAGUUGAAGAAGAAAGCAAAGUCAAAAAAGAGAUAUUCAUAAUCAAGCACCGCAAAAGCCACGAUGAUAGAGAUAAGCCACUACUUCCUCUUCCACAAAAUGCUGAUGGGGUUGCAGCCUCUGCUCCAAUUGCUACUGCCGCAACCACUGAGAGUUGCGACCAAGUCUCCAUGGAUGACAAGAAGGCUGCAGAGACAUCUCUGUGCUUGGCGGUCCCUAUGAGGACAUACAGCUGCAAUAAAUAAGUGGAUGACAUUCUUUUACGGUGCGGACGGCUAAGCCGCAGCUCUUCUGGGAAGGCUGCUUCUUCUUCCUCGGCUUCUUGUGACCGUGGCAAAAAGUACUCUGGCUCAAAGAGGAGCUAUGACUUCAACAACUCUGAGAAUGAUUAUAAAGUCGUUGUAAAUUUCGAGGAUGCCAAGGAUAAUGAUGGUUAUUCAGAUGAGAAAACCCACCACCACCGGCAACGCCACCGCCAAUCCUCAAGGCACUCUCCUUCUUCUCAAGGUGGGAGGAGGAUCCCAAGAAGAGAAAGAUAUCAGCAGCAGUGAUCCAGCAGUAGAGAGAGACGAACAAGUCGAUCCCCUGGAAGACGCUUAUCAAUGGAGCAAAACAACCCCAAUUGUAAUGCCAACACUACUACAACUGCCGCAACUGGUAAUGUCAAUUCUGACAACAAUGGCACUAAUAGACCCGGGAAGAUGAAGAUGGUUUCAGUUCCUACCACUGUGAUGGACAAGAACAACAAUGGGGAAUCAGCAACCAGUGGUUCCAUCAAGCGGAUUUUAGUGAAGAGAAAUGCUGGCGAGGCAGUAAAUUUAGUGGCGGGUUCAAGGACUGCCGCAUCACCUCGUUCUUGAUCCCCUGCAAGAGGAGGAGCAAAUGCUAAAGCAUCCAAUGACAGUUUGCAGCAGCAACAGCCUUCACUUAGCCGCAGCUCUUCACGAAAAGCUGAGCAAUCUCCCUAUAUAAGGAAUCCAUUGUGUGAGCUCGAUCCCAAUUCCCUUGCAUAUCCACAAGCGAACAUCAACAACACCAACAACAAGAGUGCUUGCAAUGUUGUGAAUCAGCUGAAACCAAACGUUGAGAUUGGUAACAAAAUUGUUGCUCGAGGGAUUAAUUACAGAAGCAGCACCCUAAGUAGUGCAAUGGACAACAUGGUUGCUGAACCAGCAGUAGCCCCGGGGAAUGAUUGCCUUAAACACCACACAUUGACAAGAAGCAGGUCGUCUAGGCAAUCCAGAGACCUAGAUAUCAAUCUUGAAGCCCUCUCCAAUCGUUCGCCAUCUUAUACUAGGCUAUUGCUUGAAGACAUACAGAACUUCCACCAGCAGAGCUCUAAUGCCACUGUAGUAUCACUCCCGCAGUGUGUCUCCAAGGCUUGCUCCAUCCUAGAAGCAGUAGCCGACCUCAACUCUGCUACAAACUUCUACGCGGAUAGAAGCGCAAUAGAUCAAAGAAACAAAAGUUCAUGCUACUACAACUGUUCACUGGGUGCUGAACUUGUUCCAGGGAAAGAUAUUCCUUUUGUGGAGUCUGAGGUACUUGUUGGAGAUGAUAUGAUGGAGCCAAGCUUCCACAAGUAUGUGACAGUGAGAAGGGGAGGGGCAGAUAUGGAGGACCAAGAAUCAUCUGAUAGCAACACCUUUGUGAGUGGUUCUCAACAACCCCAAUGGGGCUCGUCAUCUUCAUGGGAACCCAAUUCAGCUGACUCCACUGAUUGCUGGACUUCGAGGUCCAGCACCAAAGAGGAGGAUCAAAGUUUUGAUGAGAAUGAAGUAGUGAGGAAGAGAUUGAACCGGAGAAAGACAGAUGGACAGAACACGCAGGCUAGUGGUGGGAGUGGACGCGGCAAGCUCGCCGCUGCUAAAGGUCUUCACAUAAUGCAAGUAGUUGCAGCUGCUGCAUUCACAUAA